UGAAAAGACACAUGAAUCAAUGGAUACCAUUCAAAGAAUCUUAUUCUCAAGAAAAUGGCAUGAAAUGGGAUCUAAUAUAGGAAAACAAGUAUUAACCGAAAGAAAAAAUGGCAGAAACAACAGAGAUAGCUCUCGAAAAUAUUGAAGUGAAAGAAAAUGCCGAAAGUGAAGCAGAUGGAGAGGCUACGGAAAACGUUGAAACAGAGGCAAAUAGAGCUACUUCAUCAGGACCUGCAGAGAAAUGGCAGACAGAAGCGACUAUCAAAGGAAAACAACCAACAAAGAUGAAAGAAGGAAAAAGCAAAAAUAAGGACUUGGAUGAUCUUAAACAGGAACUGGAAAUGGAAUGGCACACUAUAGCCUUAGAAGAAGCAAUGGCAAGAUUGGAAACUUCGGCCGUAACGGGGCUCACACAAGCAGAAGCUGAGAGGCGAUUAGAGCGUGAUGGCCCAAACUGCUUAACUCCACCCCGUACGGUUCCAGAAUGGGUUAAAUUUUGCAGACUCUUAUUUGGAGGUUUCUCGAUGCUUUUGUGGAUUGGCUCGAUCCUUUGUUUUAUCACAUAUUCUAUCAAAGCUUCAACUGAAGAAGAGCCUUCAAAAGAUGAC